UUCUGUAGCGGUGGUGGUGGGGAGAAUAAGAGCAAAACUCUGGUUUGAACCAGAUGAGAACUUGAAACUUUUGUUUAUUUAACCACUCUUUCGAUUAUGACUGAGGGUGGGAUACACAGUCGGGCGGGAAAAUCGAUUCUCCUGCUGCGCUAUGACCAGUUGGUAACUAGUAGAGUAAAUUAACAAUGAACCUGGGGUGUGCUUAAUCAGUUAGGCGGCUAGAACUUUGCGAAAGUUGGCACAGAGUGCGAAAAUUUCAGGCAAAUGAGCGUGGCCCCGAUUUUUUUGCGACUAUAUAAUAUAAUUGAUAUACGGUUGAUCCAGAGCAAAAUUUACCAUUGCAACCUUGACAAUUUCUUUGGUUAUAGUUUGAAAGUAGAUUUAACGCGAAUUUAUGGAAGUCAUUUAAAAUUUCAUCACAGCUGCCCUUGACAAGUGGUGCAAAAUGACAGCCAUUGCGGUAACACUGCUUCUAUUCAUUUUUGUCAUUUUCGUCUCCUCGAACCAAACUUCUUUAAUUCGUCGUACGCGAAUAAUCUCCAGUGGAAGGAAAUUACAGGACGGUGAGGUUGAGGCAGAAGGUGAAUACGGUGGAGUCACGGCAUCCGUCGAUGAGUUCCCGUAUAUGGUGUCACUUCAAUACUUUCAUCUGGACAAAUAUCACCAUUAUUGCGGAGGAACUCUGCUGACCAUCCGCUGGGUCCUAACAGCAGCUCAGUGUGAUCCUGUCAGUCGAGGAUUGUACAACGUUUUUUUGACUGCUGGAGAAUACUAUUUGGAUAAGGAAGAUGACGGAGAGCAGGUUCGCAGAUUAGUGCGGUUUAUUGUUAAUCAAAGCAACAAUAGGAAGAAAAGUGUUGACAAUAUAGCACUAGCUUUCCCAGAAACUCCUUUCAAACGGACAAUUCAUGUGAUACCGAUCGGUGUGACAAAACGAAGUAUACCAACUGGUAGUUAUGUAGGAAUUCCAGGUUGGGGAAGCAUCUCGGAUGGCCGUUUGUCUAUUUACAGAAGAUUGAUGAAGGUAUUUUUACCAACCAUUUCGCCACUUGCCUGCCAAAGACAUCUGAAUGCCUCAGCACUGUCAGCGAUUUGUAUACUCGAAACCAACAUGGCCGACUAUGGUCAGCUUGAGCGCAGUUUCUGCUCCGUAGACAUGGGAAGCCCAGCUGUGGUACUCGGCAGUGAGGCCAAGCCUACUUUGAUGGGAAUAGUUUCUUGGACACCUGACAACUGUCUAGAUCCUACCGUUCCAAUAGUCUUAGCAAAGCUUAAGGAUUUUCAGAAAUGGAUACACAGAGAAACCGUCGGCCUAAAGCAGCUCAGUCGUAGUGAAAUGAUCAAUAGACAGUCCGCAGUCACAGCUCACGGUUUAAUUUCCAUUCCGUCCCUCGAUAUGAUUAUCAUUCUGUUGGUGAUAUUUUCAACAUUUGUUCGAUGAUUGCUUGACCUUCAAUUUACACUCGAACUUCCUACGGCUUUGCUAACAAAAGAUAGAAUAGAAAGGUCAGUAUAAAAAUCCAGAACAAAAAUAAAGCAGUUUAGUGGCAUCUAGAAGCUUCUUCCAACACAAAAAUACUCUCUAAAUCCGUACUGUGUAUCAUCGCGGGUAUAUUCCAGUUGUACACGAGUAAAACUUUCGUACAAUUGAACGACACGUCCCGUGUUGGAAAGAUACCACCCCAUUCCAACUGGUUUUCUGGUGUCCGAAGGAAAACUGGAUUAGGCUGGGAAUUCAAAAACGGACUUCGUUAAUAAUUCAGAAGACACUAUGUAAAUAGCAAAGCUUUUUUUAGAAAGAGUGCUAUCAAACCGACAUGAAAAAUGUAUCAACUUGAGAAUUUAGUUUUUGAUUAUAGACAGCAUAUUUUUGGAAUUGUGCGUAUGCGUACUUUUGAUUAUAGCCCUACCGAUAAAUAACUCAUUUAUACCGUAAUCUGAUGGCUAAAGUUGUAGGUCAUCCAAAUCCAAAUACAGAACAUAAGAGCAUAAAAGGUUUCGUGAAAGGCACUAAACCCAUCAUGCCUGUCCUCCUAAUUGAAAUGUUCUCCUGUCGUUGGAAUUUGUAAUUAUUUUGUUUUCGUGAAAGACUCAAAUAAACACUGGACAUAAUUAUUGAAAUUUAAACGUUGUGUGAAUCAAUAAAUAAUAAGUGUAGAAUAUUGUUUGCAUUUAUUUUCCAAUUAACGAGUCCGUCAAAAAGUCUAGCUCAAACAAGGUUUAUUAUAUUAUCAAAAUAUAAAUCUAGCGUUUUUAGACAAGUUGAACUGCCAUGCCGCUCAACAGUUUAACAUAAACCGAUGAGUAGGCGCGAAGUUAACUCUACUUGCGAAACAUUUGAUGAUUACAAGACGUAAAUGACCAAUAUGUCGUAACACAUUCGCGUUCGGUACAUCAUCAUUAACCCCUUAACGCUCAAGGGAAAUAUGUUUCCCUUCUAUAAGAAUCGUUAUAGAUUCUUCAAUUACUAUUAAAUCGAUGUUUUGUUUUACUGAAUGUUAAAGAAAACUUAUUUCCAUGGCGACAAUUGUGUUUCUGAACGAAUAAGUAAAAAGAACUAUCAUCACAUUUAUUGCACUAAAAAGUUUGUGCAAAAUGACGUAUAGAAAAUAGGACGCAUAAUAAAUGUGUUAUGUGCAACGUCCACAAGUACACGAAAUCGUUUCGUAGAAUGCCAUAACUAACUAUUUAUUUUACUAUUCUGAUAAUUAAAGCAAUAAAUUAAAAUACGAUAUAAUAAACCCAACUCUUCUUUUAUUUAUUUCUAAGAAUUAUAGGGAAAAUAUUUCCCAUGAAAUUAUAGGAAACUUAUGCUCCCUGCUAUGGUUUUCUGGUGAUAUUCUCUUAAUUUACACCCCAAUAGCUAAACUAUUGUGUUGUACUAACAUAUUUCGUCCUGCACACCUUAUGGUCGUGAAAAGGUUAAAGCUUGCAGUGCUUCGGUACAACUUCAAGUGUUUUUUCCAGUAGAGUUAAAUGAAUGUUUGCUUAGCAGUUUUUGUUGAACUACUGAGUGACAUGAUAGUUCAACAUGACCUGUUAAUGCACUGAUGAGUCGAAGACGAAACGUAACAAAAUUCAGUUCCAUGUUAUUGAAAGCAUGAGAACAAAUUAUUUUCUAUGAAAAACUUUGCAAUCAUGUGAAAUUUAUUAGAUUUUUCCACUUCGUCUUAUACACGAUCUUUCCAGAAUUAUAUCUCAAAUAUUUACUCGUUAAUAUGCUACUAACACAGCCUUAGUGUUUUUUGUGAGAAAAAUUCGAAAACGAACUUGAAGCUUUGGACUUCUGAUCAUUUUCAAAUACUCUAGAACACUUUCAAGACUUUCAGUAAUAUACUUAUUACAUGCCAGAAGGAAAAUGUUAUUUUUUUUAUAUUUAAAAUUAAUUAUGGGGGACGGAUGUCUGAUCAGAAAACCACAGUUAUAAUAGAAUUGUAGCUCGUUUUGAUAUUUAUACCAAAACGGAAA